UGCAUGUUUGUUGGUCUCAGCAAGGACGCCUCACUGAUCGGCCACUGCCGAGACUGCAACAGGCAACUCGACCGACUGAGAUGAUGCCAGGCUUGCUGCCCCAACGGCCCCCCUGCGCAACGCACCUUUCUCUCCCCACCACCACCACCAUCUCCUUCGCAUCUGAUUCCCACAAUAUCAAUCGUCUCUCUCAACCUUACAAACGAGGCACAGCAAUGGCCAUCAACGGUCACGUCAACGGAGACGCGGCCACACCGAAGGGGCCGAAUUAUGAGCGCGUCCAAAUCAUUAAUGAUGAGAAACAGUUCAUACCGGAGUUGACCCAGCAGAUUGAGCGUUGGGACUUGCACAGUGCCGGAUUCGACUAUGACAUUGUCGCAGUGUUUGGGUCGCAAUCCACAGGCAAAAGCACGCUGUUGAACCGCCUUUUUGGCACGAAUUUUGAUGUUAUGGACGAGACCAGACGGCAACAGACCACUAAAGGAAUUUGGAUGUGCAGAGCUAAGGGCAUGAACGUCAUGGUCAUGGAUGUUGAAGGUACUGACGGGCGAGAAAGGGGAGAGGAUCAAGAUUUUGAACGCAAAUCAGCUCUAUUCUCCCUUGCGUCGUCAGAGGUCCUCAUUGUCAACCUCUGGGAACAUCAAGUUGGCUUAUAUCAGGGCGCUAACAUGGGCCUUCUGAAGACCGUCUUUGAAGUGAAUCUGGGUAUCUUUGGGAAGAAGACUGCAGACGGACGUAACCAGCGUACGCUUCUUCUGUUCGCGAUACGUGAUCACAUCGGUACCACACCGUUGGCGAAUCUGCAAGCCACGCUCACUGCGGAUCUGCAAAAGAUCUGGGAGACGCUCUCGAAGCCACCAGAGUUGCAAGAUAGGCAACUGUCUGAUUAUUUCGACUUAUCGUUUGUAGCGCUACCACACAAGAUCCUUGCGGCCGACAAGUUCGAGUCCGAGGUGCAGGAGCUAAGGAAGCGCUUCAUGGACAAGGGGCGCGAAGACUAUGUUUUCAAGCCUGCGUACCACAAACGCAUCCCUGCUGAUGGUGUUGCGUUCUAUAUGGAGGGCAUCUGGGAACAAGUGCAGACGAACAAGGACUUGGAUUUGCCUACUCAACAGGAACUAUUGGCUCAAUUCCGCUGCGAUGAGAUCUCUGCUGCAGCUUUGACGGAGUUCAAUGAGCAGGCGAAACCCCAACGCCGGCCUAUCGAGUCCGGCAAGGUGAUCGAAAAUCUCGGCGGCAUGAUGCGUGCUUGGCGUUCUGGUGCACUCGAGCGUUAUGACCGAGAUGCAUCACGUUAUCACCAGGGCGUGUACAAGCGGAAACGCGCUGAUCUCGUGUCUGUCCUCGACUCGACGCUCUCGCCAUUGUUCCUCGGGCAGCUGAAGAAUCUACACAAGGCGUCUCUCGUCACGUUCAAGAAAGAAAUGCUCGAGGGUAUGCGGGGCGAGAACUAUAACUUUGCUGAGGUCGUUGCUGCUGCGCGGGAGCGAUGCGAGAAGCGAUUCUUGGACGGUGCACAGGAGGCACUCGUAGAGGGUACCGAUUGGAACUAUGAGGAGGAACUUGAGCUCCUCAGGAACGAGAUAAGGAUCGUGGCUGACCAGUGCAGAAAAGAUGAGACGAAGAAGAUGGUCAAUGCAAUCGAGCGUAAUAUCAAGAAGCAGAUAUCGGAUCCUGUUGAGAUUUGGCUCAAUAAGCCUCAGCCCGACAUGUGGGACGAGAUACUCAAAGUGUUUCGUGAACUACUCGAGAAGGCGGAGUCGAUGUACCUCACGAAGGCAAAGAGCUUCAACUGCACUGACGAGGAGAACGAGACCUCCUUGGCGAUCCUGAGGAAACGUGCAUGGCUCGCUUUGCGCGCCAAGGUUGACGAACAAACGACCGACGCGGCCUUCCUCACUAAGCUCCGCACUCAUUUUGAGGAGCGAUUCCGCUACGACGAACACGGCGUUCCGCGAGUAUGGAAGCCUUCGGACGACAUUGAUGGCGCGUUCAAGAAGGCAAGGGAUCAGACACUGGAGCUCAUUCCUUUAUACUCAAGGAUCAACCCAAUCGAUGGCACGUUGGAAUAUUCCUUGCCUUCUGAGGAAUCCGACCCUCUCUCGUCGACGGACGAGUUCGACUUCCCUGCUACUCUCGUUAUCUUUUCCGAGACGAAGAUCUUGGACUUGAUGAGCCGCUUUAGACGGGAUGCGGAUGCAUACUACGUCGAGGCCAAGCGCAGCAUGGUAUCCAGCGUGGCGCAGAUACCCUAUUGGAUGUAUGGCGUCCUCGUGGUGCUGGGUUGGAAUGAGGCGAUGUUCGUGCUGUUCAAUCCGUUGUACUUUGCCAUGCUUUUGUGCAUGGUUGGCGCUGCCUACAUUGUCGUGCAACUGGGCAUGGCAGGACCGUUGCUCCAAAUUACGAGGACACUAGUGAAUGAGGUUCAAAGUCAAGCCUAUAACCAUUUACGAGAUCAUUUUUCCCAACCACAUCUUACCGAGCCAGUGCGGGCACAGGCCGUUAUGCAAAAUGAGGUGGAUCCAGAAUUGAGAGAUAGGAAGACCGAUUUCAUGUAAUUCGCGUGGACUUGUGGUGUAAAUCCUAUUGGAUGGUUUUCCUUGACCUGUACUUAUUACCUUGCUGCAAAUAAACUGCUAAUAUG